AUUUUACAUGGCUAAAAGAUUUUACUCAGCUUUUUAUAUAAGAGCACUACUCAUGUAAAACUACUUCUGCCAAUCAUCAUACUACAUACUACAUAACAUAUGUUCUAAUAUAUUUAAACCGCUGUUGGGUUACGUGAAUUCAAUAUAUUCUCGUAGAUUCUGUGUCCGGCAAACUCGCCAAAGGGCUCGUUAUAUCUUGGGGGAAGAUUUCCGGCCACCGGAAAUACUUUCUUUAGGACAGCGUUUGACGCGUCUCGAGCCGUGUUAUUUUUCUAAUAUUGUUUUGCAGGUUCCGACGAUGAAUAUAUCCAACAAUCUAAAGAAAGUAUCAUUAUGGCGUCGGAUACACCUUCUCAAGUCAUCCCGAUUCCGGACACCCCCAAUGGAAAAGGAGUUACAGCUUCUGCCGCCAAUGCCGACUCGCAUGUUAACAUGCAAUUUGAGGUGCAACCAGUCCAUGCAAAACCUUUUCCCGAUAUUUCUAAAAUAGAAGUAUUUUCAGGGGCCAAUUUCAAGAGAUGGCAAGAACGCCUGUUCUCAACGCUGGACAUGCAUGGCAUUGCUGACGUUCUUACCCAUCCAUGCCGGCCAAAGACAACUCACCCAAAGGCAUCAAACUCCUUCAACAGUGGACCUACGCCAACAAGAUUUGCCGUCAUAUAGUUCUUAGUACUUUAUCUAACGAGUUAUUUGAUGCUUAUUGCACAAAAAAUAGGCGAGGGAAAUAUGGAGUUCAAUGAUAGCGAAGUACACGGCCGAGGACACCAUCAAGUAGAAGUUUGUAAUAGGAAACUAUUACAAGUGGGAGAUGAAAGAGGAUAGAGACAUCAAGGUGCAAAUUCACGAGUACCAGACACUAUUGGAUGAUCUUAAGAGCGUCCAAAUAGAGCUUCCGGAGCCGUUCAUCGCCGAGAUCUUCAUUGAGAAGUUGCCGGAGUCCUGGAGGGAAUAUAGACGAGACCUCAAACACAACUUUGAACGACAUAAGUCCAAACAGGAAGACGCAAACAGGAAGGAAACGCCAAGUGUCAAGCAAAGGAAUAUACUUCAAAUGCAAACUUGGUGGAGACGGAGGACAAAAGAAGGUAUGGAAAUAAUCAUUCUAAUAACAAGCCCAAUCACAAUAAAUAUAAAUAAACCACAAGUUUUAAAAGAAAGGGUGACUGUUAUGUUUGUGGGAAACCGGGACAUCAUGCUAGUGAGUGUCAGAAAAGGGCGUUUGUGAAAAACAAAAAGCCACCCAAACCAAGUACAAACUUGGUUGAAGGUGAUGAAAUAAUAACUGUGGUUGUUUCACAAACCUGCCUGGUGGCGGAUGUGAAGGAGUGGGUAGUAGACUCGGGAGCUACUAGACAUAUUUGCCAAGACAAAAAUGUGUUUUCCUCCUAUACACCAAUAGGGGAUGAAGAGGAGUACGUACAUCUUGGUGAUUCUAGAACAACCAAGGUGCACGGAAAGGGGUAUGUCAAUAUCAAACUCACAUCCGACAAGACAUUAUCACCCGUCGACGUACUCCAUGUGCCCGAGAUACGGACCGAUCUAAUCUCCGUUUCACUCUUAGGAAGAGCUGUUGUCAAGGCAUCUUUUCAAUCCGACAAGGUGGUUCUCACCAAAAACAAUAUAUUUAUUGGAAGAGGUUAUUGUAAU